UUUUGGGGUGGGGUCAUGGGGUCUAAUCCAAUAUUAAAUGCUAUUCGCCGUUCUGCGAUGGCCAGAAUGAAUAGGAGAAAACUAGUACCUAUCAUGGAACCCAUUUCUCAAAAACGUGGAAGAGGCAGACCGCGCAAGAACCCACACGUCGAGAAAACAAAACGAGACAUAGGGCGACCUCGCAAAAAUAUUGGGACCAUCAAUCAAGCGAAUAUUGCUCCAGAUGUCAACGUUAAGUGCUUGUCCACAAAGAGCGUAAGUCCAGGAAGAUAUCACGAAUAUUCUGAGUGCCUCGACCACAAGUCUGCUGUAGAUAAAAAUGACUUUAGCCCGGCAACCUCAAAAGUGAGCUUGGAAAGAGUACCCAAAAGCUUAAAUUGUAAUUCAAUCUCUUCCCCCCCGAAGAUAAAGCGAUCACAUAUGGGUAAAAUAAUUUCUGCAUUUCAAUAUCAAGGUGAUCCAGAUAGCAAUGUCAUAGAACCGCUGACCGAAAAGUGGAAUCAAGACAGAUUGCCUCAAAAUUUGGAAUUUUCCAAUGAAAGGAAUCUUAAUUCAAGCUGUUCUUCCCCGAAAAUCAAACGAGGCAGGGAUCAACCUCAUAAAAAUAUUCAGACAGACAAACAGAAUGCCUCAGAUAGGGAUUUCAAAAAACCGCUGACCCAGAAUUUAAUUCGAGUCAGAUCGCCUAAUAAUUUGGAAAUCUCAAAUAACACUAACCUUUCACCAAGUAUUCCUGUUGUAGAGCAAUGGAUACAGGGUAUAAACCGAGGUGUUUCAGAUGUAGACUCUGGACCUCCGCUAAGCCCGAAAAUAAACUCGUUUAAAUCGCCUCAACGCUUUGGUGAAACAAAGUCAAAAGGUUGUUCAAGCUUAAAAGCGACGAGUCCUGUUACCCAGAACGUUACUGAGAUCCGUCCGGCACCAAGUAUCGAUGAAACGGUUUUAGACGGAAAGAAGGGCUUUGUUCGAGGAUUGAAACCUUCGCAUAUUAUAGGAGGACUUAUGCGCAACGAUAAAUUGCAUUUAAUGAUCCAAUUUGAAAACGACAACCACUUGGAGAUUUUACCAGCCGAAGUGCUUAAAAUGCAUGCUCCACGCAUGCUUCUUGAUUACUAUUCAUCUCACUACAGACUUAAUUAAUUAAAGGGACCUGUUAUUAUAAGAACAGAGCUCUCAAAUAUCGGAUGGGGACCGAACUAACAAUGCAUCGUCUUCAUAUAAUUGUAUGUCAAAAGCGUUGGCCAUAAAGCUAUCGAUAGCUACCGUCGAUAGCGAUUACUUAUA